AUGCUCAAGGUCGCAGCGCGUAUCGCCGCCGGCGAAUGGCGAGGCUUCGUCUUCGGCACAGGAGACGAGGGCGAGCGUGUAGACGUCCGGUGGGACUGGAGCGACACCGAAGACGGUGCGCUCGAGGGCUGGGAAGAGAGCGAUUUCGACUUCGACAGCCCCGGCCGAGGAAGGACGCCGAGCAGCGCCAGCGCCAACUCCGGCAAGAGCCAGAGCAAGGCCAAGGGCAAGGAGCCCGCCACCGAGAGCCAGGAAGACGAGGCGGACCCGUGGAAGACGCCCACGGAGGAACUCGGCAGCGACGACUGGUCCCGCAGCUGGGGCGUCGACUAG